AAUGAAUUUAACCGCUUGCUUGUGAAUUCACCGCUCAACUUCAAGAGCGGAGAAAUCACGCUCAAUUCUUAUUUAGUCCCCAUCUUGACUCUGUAAAUACCGCUUCAUCCUAUCCAAUAUGUCAGCCCGCGGACCUCUUGCCAGUUUCCCAAUGAUCUGUGUCUGAACUUGUGUUCCACCCUGAGACCCUCAACCCCCUGAAGACGAACAAAUGAGAUGACCAUCGGUUAUGGAGACCUUUGUCCAUGAGGAUUCGCCACUGGCCGAUUAUCUCGAAGGUUCGGGUGAAGCGCGGUCGGAUUGGGAUCCCCAGGAUAUAACAUCGCCGUCGCAGGAGCCCCUUGACACUUUUCCUCGAAACUUCGCACCGACAGGAGGCACGAAACUCCAAGACCGAAUACGGAGCAAACUUCCGGCCCCUUUGCGCUUGAAACAUUCGAACAAACGGGAGGCUUUGGCAAGAGUUCAGGAGGCCUGUGUUGCCGCUCUAAGCGCAGGGAUCGGGAAGAGCGAUAAUGAGAGGUUUCUUGAGCAGUUCGGAUAUAUUGUCGUCGCCUCGCAGCUCCUCAAUGAACCAACCCCACCAUCAUACAGCUCGAUAACAGGAGCAGUGACGCAGAGUGCAAAAAGCACCGAAGGACACCCUACCUCUCAGCCCGUCGUGUUCGACCUCUAUGGUGCCGUAUUCUCUGCCCUCGCCUCAUUCUCUGUCGUUUGGCUUUUCCAUGCGACCCGCCCCCGCCAUGGCACAGGAUGGAAUAUUAAGAGAAUUUUCGUAUUUGCUUUCUUUUUUGCAGCAGUUGCUGUAGCGUUUUACAUAUUUGCUAGGCGGCAAUGGCUAAAAUACAUCCGGCAUGAGGCGCUCAACGUCGCAACGGUCCUUGUUGGGAAUUCCCAAAAUUUUGACUCCGUGGUGGCUGCCUCGGUUCUAUUGAUCCAGGAAGUUGAGCUCGUAUCUCGAGGAUACCGACUAAGUACCCCCAUGCCACCAGUAACCCGUUUAGAAGACCAAACCCAGGCCCGACGGUGCCUCAAACUGCGCCGCGUUCUGUCCAAAUAUAUGAGCGAGUUGUUGGGACAAUAUCUCGUGGCGAAAAAGAAACUGCGACUGUAUGCUGAUGAUACUAACUUAGGAAAGUAUUACGAUAUCUACGAUUUUUCUCCAGAGGAAUUGGACGAAGCAGAGUUAUGUCUGACGGACUCUAGCCCUGAGGAAAAAGCAUCCUUGAGGUCGCUCCGGAUUCUGUUUACCCGCCUCUAUGCAGUUAGAAAGAGCAUGCUAUGUUGUUUGCUUGCGCUGCCAGCAGAUGGCACACGACUGGACGCUAAGAGAUGGAGUGUUGCCGUUGAAGAAAUGCAACACCUUUCCGCCUCUAGCGGCAUCUAUAUCCAGAGGCUAACAGAUAUUCUCCAUGAACAAGACUGUGACGUUAUGGAAACCUCGCCGAGGCUCAAGCUUACGCCUGCUACCAGAGAGCGGCAUCGCGCUCAAUUUCGGCGACUCAAUUCCUUAUCGCAGGGGAUACGAAGCCUCCAUGCUAAGAUGCAUCUCAUCCGUGAAGAGUCGAAUGCUUGCCUUGAAAAAAGUGGCGAGGAUUCCGAGCUUAAUACUACGCUCAUUUCUCAAUAUGAGUCAAUUGGAGCAGACCUGAGAGGCCUACUACAAGAAUGGGAAGCAGGAAAAUCAACUUUGCUAGCAAAUAUUGAACGUCCUGAACGGCUCUCACGUCCAUCGAGUUUAUUGAAAUCUCCUGCGUCCCCCACCUUCAGUCUUGGUGGCGCCACUGCUGUUGACGGCAGUCCCGCUGCUGCACUUCGUGCACUGAAUGGUGAAGAUUUAAGCCUUCCAAGUCCUGACCAUAAUAUGGACGACGAAGAGGUAUUCGAAGCUGUGGCUCUUCCACGAAAACGAAGCUCGAUGACCAGAGAAGAGAGAAUAGCGCGAGUGAAAGAAGAUCGGGCUAAGCAAGCUGCUGCUAGAGAUCGUGCAGAUGCAAAUACGCGCAUGCUUAGAGAACUGGAGACCGUGAUUAAACUUCGACCUCGAGGUAGAGGUGGGACGAGGGUCACCAGCAUAUAACAGCUAUUAACUUCCUACCCUGUGUAUCUUCCCUCUCUCCUGAUCAUUCGAAUAUCUUUUUCACUAUCUUGAUAUUAUUCAACCAUUGUCUAUGCAUAUAAAUUUCCCUAUUAUACCAAGUUUUCACGGUCCCUUUGAGGAAAGGUUUCUUUUUGUUUGAUUUCAGGGUGCAGUCGGCGUCAAAGUCUUGUCGGCUCCAAUUACGUGCACGACAUGCUUUAGAGACCAAUCACGGCAGAGAUGGGGAAAGGACAGAACCCAUACGUUAACUCUGUUCUUUGCCGACUUGAGUUUCUGUGGCACAUUCUAAGUCUUGUAAUAUGAGUAGACAUGCUUUAUUGUAUCAUUGCAUGUAAAGAUAUUGAGAAGGAGGCUGCACAAUCCUGG